ACUCUUGAGUGCGUCGCUCGGCUUUACGUGGAGACGCACUACGGCGGCUGAAGAGAGAAAUGUGGGUCCGGGCGACGAGGCUGGGCCUUUGGUCCUGGUUGGGCUGGCGCCGGGGCUUCACCUCCAAGGCGGAUCCUCAGGGUAGUGGCCGGGUCACGGCCGAGGUGAUCGAACACCUGGAGCGUCUAGCGCUUGUGGACUUCCGCAGCCAAGAGGCCGUGGCACGGUUGGAGAAAGCCAUCGCCUUUGCCGACCGGCUCCGCGCGGUGGACACCGACGGGGUGGAGCCCAUGGAAUCAGUACUGGAGGACAGAUGUCUAUACUUGAGAUCUGACAGUGUGGUAGAAGGCAACUGUGCUGAAGAACUACUACAAAAUGCCCAUCAAGUUGUGGAGGAGUAUUUUGUGGCCCCCCCAGGUAAUAUCUCUUUGCCAAAGCAGGAUGAACAAGAGCCUUUUUCAGACAACUGAGUAGCAAUUCUGGGAAGGGGUACCCUAUGAACACGUGGAAGCCCAAAGACGGUAUUUUGUUUUUAUGAACACUAAUGGCCCCACUUCAGUCACCUGAAAAAAACUGAUGGCUAAGUAUUUUUUAUUAACUAACUCUCUAAAGACAAAAUUGGGAAAUAAUCUACCCAAAACAAGGCAAUGAGUUCCUGCUGCUACUGGAAAUAAGAGGUAUUGUUACUUUCUGAGGAAAUGGAUCAAGUAUUUAUUCACAGGCUGUUCAGUAUGUAAAGAUGUUAUACUCCUUUAUCUCCUCCAGAAAGACUGUCUACCAAACGGCACUUGAGUGAAUUUUUCUAUUGAUGUAACCAUUAGACCAUGCAUCUGAUCACUCUGUGAUAACCUGUGUUGUACUUUUUAGUUGCUGUUUCUAUCAACCCAAGAAACCUUGUAUCUUUACCAAACUCCAUUUUGUUCCUGGGUACCCACUUCGUUCCCAGCAGAAGGCUUUCUUCUAAGCUCUGAAGGGUACUCAAAGUAGACUCUACAGCUUGUGAACGCUUAACCUGCGGUCAUCCACUAUCCCACAAAGUGAUUACACGCAAAAGGGAUGCUAGCCACAGCUACUUUUCCUGAAAAGAGCCUAUGACAAAAAUAGCUAACAGUGCUGUACUGUACACUAAAAAUUUGCCAACAGGGUAGAUCCUAUAUGAAAUGCUCUUACCACAAAUAAAUCUUGAAGUAGAGAAGAGA